AUUCUCCAGAGGACAGAUAAUCUCGAAGGUUAUGUGGUAUUUUAUCUUUUCGCAAUGAUAAAUACCUCCUCCGAGUGCAAUCAAGAGCAGAUCUUCGACCAUUGCCAGCACUCGAACUUUCCCAGAAAUGCCCAAAGUUGCAGGAACAAGACUUAUGGUCAAGGAAAAGGGAGGAAAGGUACAAGUAGCCUUUCGAAAAGCGCUAGGUAUGCGUCAAAAUGACGACGUCCAGUUUCAAGAGAUCAAGCACCACAUACGAAACCUCGCCGUGAAGCACUUCGAGAUCGGUCGAAAACCUCGGGAACAAGAACAGCAUAUCAAAGAGCGAUUCCUAGCCGAUGUUCACAAGGCGUUUCCAAUAUUCGAACGCAACGAGCGCGCAUAUGCGCAUCUACUUACAUAUGUCGAUCGAUAUCUUCAUUCCAAGGCGGUGCCCAGUUCACCCUUCUACAAGACGGUUCACGGUAGUAAUGACAUUACGAAUGAAGAUUGGGCAGGGGACGAUGAUAAGUCUGACAACAGCGACGAACAUGGCAUGGUGAAUUCCGAGCCACUCGGUUCUCCAUUCCCUAUAUCUCAGUUAGAAGAGGGGAACAAAGGAGGAUCUUAUCCAGUCGACUCUGAUGAUAGUAUCCAGAGACAACGUAUGGUGCUAACGAAGGUAUCCGACUCCGGCUCUCCGAGUCCCACCCUAGCGGACGAUCAAGUCCGUUCUCCGUCUCCAGAUCCGUUGGCAGCCAUGCCAACGCAAUACGCCGCCUCGCGCAAGCGCUCCGACCAGCCAAGGCGGGCAUCAUCCGCGAGUAAACUAUCGGCGUCGAGCAAUGUCUACGAUACAACUCCCAUCAGGACUUUCCUUGGUCGCGCAGCACUGAGCCAUCUACUAGAUGAACUUGUAACACUGGGCAUCAAGAACCAGUCCCGCCUCCUUCUUGUAGCGGCAUGGCCGGAGGAGGAUCUCCAUAUCUUUUUGCGCGAUUCUGUGCGAGACGACAGAAUGGACAAGUUUGAAGCGAGGCAACUCGCUAUCGCUUUGCGUUCUCUCCGUCGUUCCAUGCUGGCUACUGUUGUUUUCGAUGCAUAGUUGUUCGUACAUUUUGAGCUACUAGUGAUUACGCCACUUCUCUGCACGUACUAUAAGUCUAUAUGAUCAUCUUUAACGAAUGGGAAUUUUUGUUUAGAUCAGCA